AUGUAUUUUGAGUUCAGUAGAUAUCAGUAUAAGGGGAAGACGACACACAUGGCGGUGACACAAUUUCAGCCUGUGUAUGCGCGGCGAUGCUUUCCCUGUUGGGAUGAGCCUGCUUUUAAGGCGAAGUUCAAGAUAACAUUAGAAGUUUCAUCUGAGAUGGUAGCACUUUCCAACAUGCCUAUAUCUAGUGAGACAGUGGGUGGUUCUAUGAGGAUUAUCCAUUUUGAGGAAUCACCUCUCAUGUCAACUUAUUUAGUUGCCAUGGUUGUUGGUAUUUUUGACUUUGUUGAGGAUGUAGCAUCGAAAGGCACUAAAGUUUGUGUGUACACUGAAGUUGGUAAGAGUUCACAAGGGAAGUUUGCAUUGGAUGUUGGGGUGAAGUCAUUGGAUUUCUAUAAUGAUUACUUUGGCACUCCCUAUGCACUCGCUAAGUUGGAUAUGAUUAGUAUCCCGGAAUUUAAUUGGAUGGGAAUGGAGAAUUAUGGACUGAUCACUUUCCAUCCCACGGUCUUUCUUUUUGAUGGUCCUUCUACAACAUCCACAAAACUACAGGAAAUUGCAGUACUUGUGGCACAUGAAUUGGCUCAUCAAUGGUGUGGAAAUCUUGUAACCAUGGAAUGGUGGAAUCACUUAUGGUUAAACGAGGGAUUUGCUACAUGGAUGAGCUAUCAAGCAGUAGAUUCCUUUUUUCCGAAGUGGAAUAUUUUGCUGGAUUUUCUUGAGAACACAAUGUCUACUCUUAAAUUGGAUUCAAUAGCAGGGUCUCAUCCGAUAGAGGUUGAAAUACACCAUAUCAAUGAAAUCGAUAGGAUUUUUGACGACAUCAUAUAUAUUAAAGGUGCUUCUAUUCUUCAAAUGAUACAGAGCUACAUUGGAGCAGAGCAUUUUCAGAAAGCAUUGAAGAAAUAUAUACAAAAAUAUGCCUACUCAAAUGCUAAAACAGAGGACCUAUGGGUCGUGCUUGAAGAAGAAACUGGCGAGCCAUUCAAGGAUUUCAUGAGUACGUGGACAAAGCAACCAGGAUAUCCUAUAAUUAAUAUAAAACAUAAAGGGAAAGGAAUCCAAGUUGAACAGGCCCAAUUUGUGCUAGAUGGGUCCUCUCGAGCUGGCUUGUGGGAUGUGCCAAUAACUUUAAGAUGCUCUUCAUCAACAAAUAAAUUCAUUUUGAAACACAAGCAUGAUAAUUUUGAUGUAUGUGGUGAACGGGAGAGGGGUGGAAAUAUUUGGAUUAAGUUGAAUAUAAAUGAAACAGGGUUUUAUCGAGUGAAGUAUGACAAAGAAAUUAAAACUAGACUUCAAAACGCAUUAGAGGCCAAUGAGUUCUCUUCAAUGGAAAAAAUUGGAAUUUUGGAGAACUCACUUAUGCUUUCUAUAUCUCGAGAAGACACACUAGCAUCAUUGCUAUGUAUAGUGUAUGCUUGUCGUGAAGUAGCUGACUACAGUGUUUUGACACAUACAAGCUGUAUGUACAUUCUAGUUUUCCAAAUAGUUCAAUUUUAUUUGUUUUCUAAAUUUUAA